AGGAGUGAACCGGGACCAGACCGCAUACUGGACUCAUCACACACCGACUGUCCCGGAUCUUUACCCUCAAACAGGAACCAGUUUGGAUUGUUUCAGGUGUGAUUCUGUUUCAGGUCCGACUGGAUGAAUCCGUGCGUAAAAGCUGCCGAACCAAACCGGACUUACAGGCGACACCUCUGCGCGUUACAGACACCCACAAUAGUUCCCAGACUGCAGUUUGGUGUCAGGUCACCACACGUGUUUCCUGCCGAGGAUGUCAGUCCGAUGAGCUGCCCCUUCAGGUGCUGUUAACCCUUUCAACCCUCCGCUGGAUGAGAUGCGAACAUGUCCUUUACGCACCAGCUCGCUCUGCUCCUGCUCGCCUUCACCGUCCUGCACACGGAUGCCGCGGUGAGUGGGACAAUGUGUCUUGUUGGCAGAGCGCGGCAGUCGGCGAGGUGAUGACCCUCCCCUGCCCUUCCCCUCUCCUGCACCUGUUUGGAAAAAAAGGUAACCUCAGCAGGAACUGUACAGAGAAAGGUUGGUCUGUCGUCUACCCCGCCAUCACCAUCGUCUGCCAGUCCAACAACACAGACGAACCCAGUGAUGAGGCUCCACUGUACGAGGAACUACAUCCAUCUGAACUUGUUUGUAUCGUUCAUGCUGCGAGCCGUGGCCGUGCUGACCAAAGACACCCUGCUCUUCUCAGACGACGAGACCACGGACUGCAGCACUCAGCCCUCGCUGGUGGGUUGCAAGGCCAGCCUGGUGUUCCUCAACUAUUUCAUCAUGGCCAACUUCUUCUGGCUGCUGGUGGAGGGUCUCUACCUGCACACGCUGCUGCUCGUCAUCCACAACUACUCCAUCCGCCUCUCCAUCUACAUACUCAUCGGCUGGGGAAUCCCUUUUGUUUUCAUGGUUGCGUGGAUCAUAUGUAGGAUAAACCUGGAGGACACGAGCUGUUGGGAGAGGAAUGAGAAACCUGUCCCCAACCGACUGAUCAACUGGCCCAUCAUGGCAUCUGUGAUUAUCAACUUCAUCCUGUUCAUCAGCAUCAUCCGCAUCCUGGUGCAGAAACUGCGCUGCACCAACGUCGGAGGAAACGAGCAAUCGCAAUACAGACGCCUGGCUAAGUCCACCCUCCUGCUGAUCCCCCUGUUUGGGAUAAACCACGUGGUGUUCGUCUACCUAAUGGAGCCAGCUGACAAAACCAUGAACUACAUCAAGAUCUUCUUUGAACUCGGCCUCGGAUCCUUUCAGGGUCUAAUUGUGGCUGUCCUCUAUUGUUUCCUCAACAGCGAGGUCCAGAGUGAGCUUAGGAGGACGUGGAGGAGUUUAUCUCUCAAGCGUUACGUGGGGCGGGACUACAGGCUGCAUGCCAUGUCAGUCAGCCGAAACGGCACCGAAAACUCUGGUCAGUUUCCCAGGAACUCCCGAGCCCAGUCCAUCCUACAGACUGAGACCUCUAUGCUCUGACCAGGGACAGAGACGGUCUGGUUUUGUAAAGACACUCAUAUUUAGAGGUUCAAAGUCUUACUCAAGGCCUCUUUUAUAGACAUAUCGUUUGCUCCUGCAGGGACUGAGCCUGCAGGAGUUUCUGAGGUGAAGGACUUCUGGUCGGACUGUCUUCAAUGUUUUGUUCAGAAACAUGAAACAGUACCUGCUGAAAACCUGCAGAACAUAGACCUGCAUCAACUAACUGAACCUUUCAUAUCAUUAAACGUUGUAAUAAAAACUGUAAAUGAAGACGAUCAAAUAAACGAAAGACAUAUUCUCAGACAGCUGAGUGUAUCCUUUGUUACUCUGAAGCCAACUAUUAACUUUAAUAGUAAGAUUUGGUUUCAUGAAAGCAGAGGAAGGAAACAGACUAGGCAGAUCCAUGGAUGUAUAAUAAAACCUGGAUACCGGACCCAAAGAUGGCGCCUAUUCAGUCCAAUAAGAAUUAUUCGUGACCAAAUUACAAGCAGUUGCACCGAAUCCUGUCCUGUUUGUCCCAAAAAAAAAAGCUUUGUAGAUAACAUGAACAUGCUCAAACGAUGAUGAAUCAGUGAAGAUAUUCUGAUCUAAUCACUUAUGUAAGCUAUAAUUACUGUAUUAUUUAUGUGGUUUUCCCCCUGUUUAUUGCACAAAUAUUAUCAUAAAUAAGAUUAAAAUUUAAAUACACAAAUAGUGACAUAUAUGUAUUUAUAUAAAUGCUCCAUAGAUCAGAAAUUAAGUGAGUGUUGAGUCAUAAUUGGAGUCCAGUAGUGCUUGUGGCUGAUGACUCUGCUGAGGCUGGUGGUGAUGGGGAUACAGGAGUCCUUGCUGUAGCAGCCAGGGGUUCACUAUUAAUUAAAAAGGCCAUAAAAGCCUGCAAACAACGCAGGUGUGUUGAUGAGAACAGCUGAUAUCAGGACUGACAGCAAGGAGAUUAUGUGUGAGACGACUGAAUGCAGGAUGGAAAUACGGGCUUAAAAGAAAAUUCUUCCUGACUGAACUUUAACCAGAGCUUCCUUUUAAGUCAGACACGUGGUCCUGGGUUGCAGAAAGUCUUGUAACAGUAUAUUUGAAAUAUUUCUACAGUCCUGAAUGGGAAAAAUGAUCCAGUAGUUCACAAGAUACUCCCUUUCCUCCCUGGCCAAUCAUCUCAUGACACCUCAGAUUUAUCUUGCAGUCCUUGUUGGGGUCUCGACCCACAUGUUGGGAACUACUGUCCUAAACAGAGGAGUUCAGGAAACAUACAGGUUAAUGUAUCAUGGUUGUCCAUUUAUUUUAUUGUUUAUUUUUCAUAUGUAGGGUUUUUGUUUUUUUUUUGUGCCUAAACGAGGGUUUGACCACUGUGGCUUUUCUGUUAUUUACAGUUUUCUUCUGAUGUCUUUGAAUUUGUCUUGGAUUUGAGUGUUUCCCACCUUUUAAGGACACAAAAUAUCUUCAAUAGAAGAGAAUUAUCGCCUUUAAGUGAAGCAGAUGAAUGAAUAAAAAUAGGCAGACUUUCCACUCAUUUAUCAGGGAGGAUCUUCCAUCAUAUCAGACGCUGAACACGUUUGGACACG